AUGACGACCCAACCAGGAGCCAUCUCCAAGAAGCGCAAGUUCGUCGCCGACGGUGUCUUCUAUGCCGAGUUGAACGAGUUCUUCCAGCGCGAGCUGGCCGAGGAGGGCUACUCUGGAGUCGAAGUCCGAGUUACUCCCACCGUGACUGACAUCAUCAUCCGGGCCACACACACCCAAGAAGUGCUGGGCGAGCAGGGUCGACGAAUCCGCGAACUCACCUCCCUGAUCCAGAAGCGAUUCAAGUUCCCCGAGAACAGCGUUUCCCUGUAUGCCGCCAAGGUCCAGAACCGUGGUCUGUCCGCCGUCGCUCAGUGCGAGUCCCUCCGAUACAAGCUGUUGAACGGUUUGGCCGUGCGAAGAGCGUGCUACGGUGUGCUGAGAUUCAUUAUGGAGAGCGGUGCCAAGGGCUGCGAGGUCGUUGUGAGCGGCAAGCUGAGAGCUGCCCGAGCCAAGAGCAUGAAGUUCACUGAUGGCUUCAUGAUCCACUCCGGCCAGCCGGUCAACGACUUCAUCGACUACGCCACCCGCCACGUCCUGCUGCGACAGGGUGUUUUGGGUAUCAAGGUCAAGAUCAUGCGCGGCAGCGACCCAGAAGGCAAGGCCGGUCCCCAGAAGACUCUUCCCGACAGCGUCACCAUCAUCGACCCCAAGGAGGAGCAGCCCAUCUUGCAGCCCAUGUCGCAGGAUUAUGGUGCCAAGGCGUUGGCCGCUCAACAGGCAGCGCAAGAUGCCAGGGCUGCCGAGGAACAGCCUGCCGAGGGCGAGGAGACGUAUGCUCAGGAGUAA